CCCAACUCACUCUCACUCUUACUCUCACCGCGAAACAGAGCGAGCUUUACCCUAGGAGCCAGGGAGGCUCCGCCGCGUGCCCGCGUUCCUCUCGCCGGCGGCAGCAUCAGCCAGCGGGAAACGGCCGCCGGUGUGCUUCGUUUCUGUGUGCUCGCCGCUCCAUCCGACUCGAGGACACACGGCCUGCUCGUCGAAAUGUCCAGGCGUAAACGCCACACCAGCGACGAUGACUGGAUCAGCACCCUCCCUGAUGAACUGCUCCACCAUAUCAUGUCAUUCCUGCAAGCGAGAGAGGCGGUGCAUACAUGCCUUCUAUCAAGGCGAUGGCAGAAUGUCUGGCCAUCUGUGAGGUUCCUUAACAUGGAUGCAGCCAAGUUUGCAAGCCUUGCGCAGUUCAAGAAGUUCGUCGACAAUUUCCUUCUGCACCGUUGCUGCACAUCGCUGGAUACGCUCUGGCUCCGCAUCAUCUAUGACGACUCCGGUUCUAGUUAUUUCAGUGAUUAUUCCCAAAUCCAGCCAUGGGUCUGCCACGCCCUUAGGAGUAACGUUCAGGUUCUUGGCAUAGUUCAUCCUUUCAUGGCUCCAUCACCACUUAUUAUUGAAGGCACUUUCAACUCGGCACACCUCAAGAAGUUACACCUUUGUAGAUUUGAAAUCAUUGAUGCGUUUGUCAGUAAGCUCUCUUCGGGCUGCCUGGCUUUGGAAGAGCUAGAGCUGAUACAUUGUGACAUCUGUGUUACCGAGUUUUCCUCUACUACUCUGAAGAGACUUACUGUUACCGAUUCACAUUUCACCAUUUGGGGCUGGCACGGUGAUCUUCUUAUAGAUAUGCCAAACCUAGUCUCCUUGUGCAUAAAGAAGCUCCCUGUUAGUAAUCCAUAUCUCGUGGAUGUUUCGUCGUUGGAAACAGCCACAAUAUAUCUUGACAAAUACUCCUUCAAAAAUUCUGAUACUCACUGCAAUGUUCUCAGUGCUCUGUCAAACGCCGCCAGCUUGGAGUCGCUGUAUCUAACUGUUCAUAACAAAAUUGCUAUAAAGGUAUUAGCAAGGGAUGUGCUAAGGUGUGGGACACUCGGCAACCUCAGAACUCUGUCGCUCGGUGAAUGGUGCUUGGGCACUGACUGCAGUGCGUUACUCCACCUGCUUAGACGGUCGCCUAAAAUAGAGAAACUUAUCCUGAAUCUUACAGAUUAUGGAGCUUCCAACUAUGAUCAUCCCAAGCAUAAUGCUGAUGCAGAAGCAAAUUCAGCUUGCAAUGAAAGAGAAACUCCAUUUAGUUGUGGAAGUCUUAAGAAAAUUUUGAUCAACUGCCCAAGAGGAGACAAAAGAGCCGACACCGUCGCAAGGAUCUUGUUUGCCAAUAUUACCUCUAAGCCAGAAUUGCAAAUCAAUCCAUCAAAGCGGCGGCAUGUAAGGCGAUUCUGAUCUUAAAGGUUGGGCUUAUUUGUGGGUUAGAACUUGUGGUUAAUUCCUAGAAGAUCUGCGCUUUCUGCUCUUUAGACAGUACGUUUGAUUAGGCUAGCAUGACUGCUGGGAUCAUGUCAUAGCGCUUGUUUGUGUUUACUGUUAUGUUUUCAUGACUUUCUCUACUCUGAUUUUGUCAUGUUGACUUAGCAUGUCAGUACAGUUUACCCUCGAAAUUUUCAUUGCCAUUUCAGGGAGCGCGACUAUUAUGGCAUGCAUUUCAGUGAUAAGUGUUAAUAGUAAUCAUAAUCAUAAUUGAGCGCCCCUGGUGAACUAAUUCCUGAAAGUACAUGAGGUGUGUGCCGUUGCAUCGUGUGAAACCCAGAAUGCAUGUCUGUAAACUGGUUCAUUCUCCAUAGCUAUUUGUAGAUUGUUGAAAUUCAAUUGUGCCGACCUGUAGCUAUUUGUAGAUUGUUGAAAUUCAAUUACAGUUUACCCUAUAUAUUGGUCUACUGCAAUUCCAAUAA